AUUGAAUUGGUGGUGGUAAAAUGGGUGUACUUGUGUUUUCUUUAUAGUGGUCCAUACAUCCACUACCAGCGUUGAGGGAAGUAUGAGAAUAGCACCUUCUAAUGCUAAUCUCUAAAGCAUUUUUGAAUUGCCCCAUACCACUCCAAUCCUCAAUCACUGGUUCAAUCCUUGACAUUAUGCAAAGCAUUUAAAUAGUGUCAAACUUAAGCUAUCCCUCCCUACCUUUUCCUCUUUAGCUUUUACCUUGUUUCAAUUUCAAGGGAACCUUAAAUGUUUCUGGAAAGUAUUCUGUUUCUGUCUGUGUCUCCCACUACUAGGUGCUAGUGCUCGUGCUCGUGCUCACUCUCUCUUGCAUAUGUCCAUUUCUGGUCCACUAACAGUUCCGUCUUUCAAUUUUCCUCAAUCUUGUACACAAUUCACCCUUUAGAAACUUCCAAUGCAACACUAUGGCACUGUCAAUUCCAUUUUGUUCUCAGCUCUCUUUCCAUUCCAUGCAUUUCCCAAAAGAUCCCAUUAAACAACUCUCCUUCUAUCCCUACCCACAAUUUGCUUGAUAGAAUUCUCACUCCACAGAUCCACCAUAAUUGCUAUACGUCCACUCAAAAAUAUAUCAGCUGCUUCCAGGAUGGUCCCUUCAAUAAUGGUUUAUUGAUCACCAAAGUUCAAAAAUCAUCCACCUUGCUGGCAUUCUAAUGAUUCUAUUUCUCUUCUGAACUGACAACUUUGUCCCUGAAUCGUGUCCUAAUGGCCAAGAGUCCCUGUCCUUUUCACUUUUUCCAGUUCUUGGCUACGCUGUUACUCACUUCCUAUUCUAUUUUCCCGCCUUGUGUGUCUCUGACGUUGGAAACCCAAGCUCUUCUACAGUUUAAGAACCAUUUGAAGGACUCCUUCAAUUCUUUGGUUUCAUGGAAUGAAUCAGACUCUCCAUGUCAGUUCUAUGGAAUUGCAUGUGAUCCAGUUUCUGGGAGAGUUACAGAAAUUUCACUGGAGAAUAAAUCCCUCUCCGGUGACAUUUUCCCAUCACUUUCAGUUCUUCAGAGCCUCCAAGUUCUAUCACUCCCAUCCAAUCUAAUUUCUGGAAAGCUCCCAUCAGAAAUAAGCAUGUGGACCAACCUCAGAGUGUUGAAUCUGACAGGAAAUCAAUUGGUUGGAGCAAUCCCAGACUUGUCAGGGCUGAGAAACCUGAAGGUUCUUGACCUUUCAGCAAACUACUUUUCUGGCAGCAUCCCAGGCUGGGUGGGGAAUCUAACUGGACUGGUUUCACUGGGUCUUGGGGUAAAUGAUUAUAAUGAGGGUGAGAUUCCACAGACUCUUGGAAAUCUGAAGAACUUGACCUGGCUCUAUCUUGGUGGCUCCCAUUUGAUAGGAGAGAUUCCAGAAUCAAUAUAUGAAAUGAAGGCAUUGGAGACACUGGAUAUCUCAAGAAACAAGAUCUCUGGCAGACUCUCCAGAUCAAUUUCCAAGUUAGAGAAUCUUUACAAGAUUGAGCUCUUCUCAAAUAAUUUGACAGGAGAGGUUCCAGUUGAGCUUGCAAACCUCACCAAUCUGCGGGAGAUUGAUCUUUCUGCAAACAACAUGUAUGGUAGGUUGCCAGAGGAAAUUGGUAAUAUGAAGAAUUUGGUUGUUUUUCAACUAUAUGAAAACAACUUUUCUGGGGAACUUCCUGCUGGAUUUGCAGAUAUGCGUCAUCUCAUUGGGUUCUCAAUUUAUAGAAACAGCUUCACUGGGACGAUACCAGAAAAUUUUGGUCGGUUUUCACCACUUGAAAGUAUUGACAUAUCUGAGAAUCAAUUCUCAGGUGAUUUCCCAAAGUUCUUGUGUGAAACCAGGAAGUUGAGAUUUUUGCUUGCAUUGCAGAACAAUUUUUCAGGGACUUUUCCGGAGUCUUAUGUCACAUGCAAAUCGCUGGAGAGGUUUAGGAUCAGUAUGAACCGCUUAUCUGGGAAAAUUCCAGAUGAGGUUUGGGCACUUCCAUAUGUAAAAAUAAUUGAUUUGGCCUAUAAUGAUUUCACUGGCAUGGUACCUUCAGAAAUUGGGUUGUCUACUAGCUUAAGUCAGAUAGUUUUGAUACAGAACAGGUUUUCAGGUAAGCUCCCAUCAGAGCUUGGCAAGCUGGUGAACUUGGAGAAGCUUUACUUGAGCAACAACAAUUUCUCUGGAGAAAUACCACCUGAAAUAGGAUCACUGAAGCAGUUAUCCUCUUUGCAUCUAGAAGAGAAUUUGUUAACCGGAUUGAUACCUGCAGAACUGGGUCAUUGUACAAGGCUUGUGGACUUGAAUCUUGCUUGGAAUUCUCUAUCUGGAAAUAUCCCCCAGUCAGUUUCACUAAUGAGCUCAUUGAACUCUCUUAACAUAUCUGGAAACAAACUUACAGGUUCUAUUCCAGAUAAUUUAGAGGCAAUAAAGCUAAGCUCAGUGGAUUUUUCUGAAAACCUGCUUUCUGGAAGAAUUCCAUCUGGUCUUUUUAUUGUUGGAGGAGAGAAAGCUUUUCUGGGAAACAAGGGGUUGUGUGUUGAGGAAAACCUAAAACCUUCCAUGAAUUUUGAUCUGAAGAUUUGUGCCAAAAAUCAUAGUCAGACAAGGGUCUCUGCUGAUAAAUUUGUCUUGCUCUUUUUUGUUCCUUCUGUUUUUGUUGUUGUUUUAGCUGGGUUGCUGCUUUUGAGUUGUAGAAACCUCAAGCAUGGUAAGGAUAAAAACUUGCAAGGUCAAAAGGAAGUAAGUCAAAAAUGGAAACUUGCAUCUUUCCACCAAGUAGAUAUUGAUGCCGAUGAAAUAUGUAAUCUGAAAGAAGAUAAUUUGAUAGGUAGUGGUGGUACAGGAAAGGUUUAUCGAGUGGAGUUGAGGAAGAUUGGAGCCAUGGUGGCUGUCAAGCAACUAGGGAAGGUAGAUGGUGUGAAAAUUUUAGCUGCAGAGAUGGAGAUUUUGGGGAAAAUUAGGCAUAAAAAUAUACUCAAACUCUAUGCUUGUUUACUUAAAGGAGGAUCCAACCUUUUAGUGUUUGAGUACAUGCCAAAUGGCAAUCUUUUUCAAGCGCUUCACAGACAGAUAAAAGAUGGGAAGCCAGACUUGGAUUGGAACCAGAGGUAUAAAAUUGCUCUGGGAGCUGCCAAAGGAAUUGCUUAUUUACACCACGACUGUAAUCCACCUAUUAUUCACAGGGAUAUUAAAUCCAGCAACAUUUUGCUUGAUGAGGAUUAUGAGCCAAAAAUUGCUGAUUUUGGUAUUGCAAGGUUUGCAGAAAAAUCUGAUAAGCAGUUGGGUUAUAGCUGUCUAGCCGGCACACUUGGUUACAUUGCUCCAGAACUUGCUUAUGCCACUGACAUCACUGAAAAGAGUGAUGUUUAUAGCUUUGGAGUGGUGCUACUAGAAUUAGUGUCUGGCAGAGAACCCAUUGAAGAGGAUUAUGGAGAGGCGAAGGAUAUUGUUUAUUGGGUUUUGACUCAUCUCAAUGACCGUGAAAGCAUUCUCAACAUUCUUGAUGGAAGAGUGGCAUCUGAUUCUUUUGAAGAUAUGAUGAAAGUGUUGAAGAUUGCUAUUAAGUGCACCACUAAGCUUCCAACCUUGCGCCCCACCAUGAGAGAGGUUGUCAAGAUGCUAAUUGAUGCCGAACCUUGCACAUUGAAAUCUCCACUAUGCCGACUUGAAAAAGACACAAAGACCCUUUUGUAGGGGAAAUUAUUGCAUGAAACCAUACUAUAUGACAGAUUUUCAAUUUACAAGAAAGAGUUAAAAAUCCAGUGGCAACUUAUGUGUCAUGCAGGGAUUUGUCUGAAUCAUAAUAUUCAUAGACUAAAAUAUUUUCCCCUUCUCUAAUGGGUUUCUUUUCAAAGCUAAUGUAAAGCUUACAAGUUCCACUGAAUUAUAUUUCCCAAUUGAGAAGCACUUUCGCAACCUAGCCGACAUUCAUAUGAUAAUUAUGCCUUCCUAAA